AUGGAUUCUUUUCGUACCCUCCAUAACCUGGAGCUCAAAUCCAUCGCGACCGCAUUUGUGGCAGGACUCGUGCUUUAUUGGGUCUGUGCUGCUUUUUUCCUCGCAGUCCUGCAUCCUCUAGCCAAGUUCCCCGGUCCAAAAUUAGCAGCUGUCUCUGACUGGUGGCUGGUUUACCAUGAGUGGCUUUUGGGGAAGUCUCUGACGGAUAUUUUGGGCGAAUUACAUCAGCUUCAUGGACCUGUUGUCAGAUAUGGACCACAUCGCUUGCAUUUUUCAACACCAAAGGCUCACUCCGAUAUCUACAACUUAAAAUCCAGAUGGGAUAAAGACCCUGAUGUGUACAAAGCUAUAGUGGAUGGAUCCUCCACGUUCGGGCUCACAAACUACCAUUUGGCCAAAGAACGACGGGAUCUUAUAUGGCCGUUCUACUCGCGACAGAGUGUGCAACAGAUGCAGAAGGCCAUCAAUAGACAGACCAAGGAAGGGAAGCUGUCGAACAUGUCGCUGGCGUUCCGCUGCUUAGCCCAAGACAUAAUGGCAGACAUAUGCUUGGGAAGCUCCCUAGGAACUCUUGAAGCCAGAGAAUUUGAGUCGCCACUAAUCCUCGCCUUGGACCAGGGCCUUGAUAGUUACGUCCUUAUGAAAAGCUUCCCAACCCUGAGAAACCUGCUCUAUUCCAUCUCGGCAAUAAUCACACUUCCAGGCGAGGCUGAAUUUACUGCUGCCGGAACCACGGUGGCAGACCAUGUUACUCGGGGCAUUCAAUGCCCUGAUACUAUUCCGCCUCACACUAUGCUAAGCUUCCUGGUACCAUCACCGUCAGACAAUACAAAGGAGAAGCUGCAGCCUAAGCUGAGUCAAGACAUUAUGAUUGAGGAACUUCAGACGUUUGUUAUUGGCGCCGGUGAGACAGUGGCCAGCGCCAUGGUUCAGGCUCUGAGCGGAAUUCUGCAGCAACCCGACCUGUAUAAAAAUGUGUACGAGGAGAUUGUUCAAGUUUGGCCAGAACCGGAUGCACCGGCUCCUCCAAUUGAGGCCUUGGAGAAACUACCGCUUCUGACUGCCGUGAUCAAAGAGGCUCUCCGACUGACACAUGGUGUUGUGGCACCUUUGCCCCGUAUUGUCCCCGCCGGUGGUGCUGAGAUUGACUCUCACCAUAUCCCCGCCGGGACAAGUGUUGGAACCUCACAUGUCUUUAUUCACAUGUCGCCGGAGUAUUAUGAUGCACCCAAUGAGUUUCAGCCGGAGCGGUGGCUGGGAGAUUCUUCUGACAAGUAUCUGGUUGCCUUUUCCAAAGGCCCCCGUGGUUGUAUGGGGAUCAACCUGGCCUGGUGUCAACUCUAUCUUGUCUUGGCCACCAUGAUCAAGACUAUACGGAUGGAUUAUCCCGCGAGUCUCAACGACUCCAAGAUCAAGUGGAAAGAUUGUUAUCAGCCGUUGUAUUAUGGAAGACCACUCCGGAUACAAUGCAAUCGCAUGGAGAGCCAGUGUUAA